CAAGUCGAUUCGUUCACCCGCCUUGUCAGAAGGACCAUUAGCCUCAAUUGCAAUAACUACUGCAUGGCCACCUGCCUUAUCACAUUAUAGAUGCACCCGUCAGCAUGACGGUCCAACAGCAAAGCAGAGAAGCAGGAGGUAAACAGCGCUUGCCCGCCUUAACUCCGGCCGCGGUUCGGACCUAACCAGUUCAUAUCGCCGACAUCUCCCCAUUGUAUUGCCAGACUUAUACUUAACUACAUUAUAUUCUCUCCUCUUCUGUUCCAUCAGCUCAGAUAGUGAGACCCCCUCCACGUCGAUACACUUCUAUACAAGAAUCCGCCCAGUUGGCCUCAUCAUGUCAAACUUCACUCCGGCUGCUAUUGAAAAGCGGGCGACACAGGGAGCAUUCUUUAAACGCCAGCUCUUUAAUGAACCGCCCGUUACCUCGCGCCAGAAGGUCGAUCUUACAGGGCAGACUAUUAUUGUCACCGGGGCUAAUACCGGACUAGGCUUGGAGUGCAGCAAGCAGCUGCUGGAGCUGGGGCUGAGUCAGCUGAUUAUCGCAGUCCGUAGUAUAGCCAAGGGAGAAGAGGCUAAGCAGCAGCUGCUGAACCAGUACCGCGGGCAGCGGAGCGACAGCAGUAAAGUCAGGGUGGAGGUGUGGCCGCUGGACUUGGCCAGCUAUGAGUCGAUUCUGGCCUUCGUGGAGCGCACCAAGACGUUGGAUCGGCUGGAUGUGGUAGUUAACAACGCGGGAAUUUCAAAGCGAGUUUUUACGCCCAACGUCUUUACAGGCCACGAGGAGUCGGUCCAGGUCAAUUUCCUCUCCACCGCGCUGCUAACCCUCCUUCUUAUCCCUGUACUACGGUCGAAGAACACCCCGCAACGGCCUGGCCGUAUUACCAUUGUCAGCUCUGAUACCCCUGCGUGGGCGAAGUUCAAGGAGCAGGACACCCGUCCCCUCCUGGCUGGCUUCGAUGAUAAGGCUUUCUUCUCUGUGGACCGCUACGCCACCUCCAAGCUCCUGGGCCAGUUCUUUAUCUACGAACUCACCAAGCGCGUCCCCUCAUCCGUCGUCGUCAUUAAUGGGCCCAAUCCAGGCUUGUGCAAGUCGGGCCUCGUCCGCGAGUACCGCGGUACGUUCUUCGGCUUCAUCUUUGGCAUAAUGGAGGCUAUCCUCGCCCGGAAGCCCGCCGUCGGCGCCCGUGCCCUCACCGACGCCGCCGUCAACCACGGACCCGAGAGCCACGGCCAGUUCAUCGAGGACGGCAAACUUGCGGCCUGGGCGCCCAUCUUGUAUAAGUCCAAGGGCGAGAAGAUUCGCAAGCAACUGUGGGAGGAGCUGAUGGGUGAGCUGGCGUUUGCUGGGGUGGAAGACAUCCUUAAAGGCCUCAGCGCCUAGUUUACAUUCCUUGCUUUGUCCCCUUCGUUUUACUUGCAUUUUCUUCCUCAUUGUUUUCUGGCGUUCGCUCUGCCUUAUGCUCUUGCUUCUCAAUACAACUUUUGGAUAAGUGGUAGAAGAAAGCAGUUGCGUGCCUAAUCAAACGUGUGAAUUACGC